AUGCAGGCAUUCCGAUCGUUGCUAGCUCGAGGCUCUCCUUUGCGAUCAGCAUUUGCACCUUUGCAACGUUCCACCAUGCAACAACCCACCAUGAGCAUCGUCAACCAGCUUCGUCCCCACACAAUGAACUGGCAACCCAUGCAACAACAAAAGGCAACCAUGGCCACCUUGAACCAGGUCAUUCGCAAGUGCCGUAAAACGAAAAAGACACUUUCAAAGUCUCCAGCAUUAGACAAUUGUUAUCAGCGUAAGGGUGUCUGCAACAAGGUGUACACGACAAAGCCCAAGAAGCCCAACUCUGCUGUUCGUAAGGUGGCUCGUGUCAAAUUGACCAACGGCAAAACUAUCAUCGCAUACAUUCCUGGUGAAGGCCAUAACCUUCAGGAACAUUCGGUUGUCUUGGUGCGUGGUGGUCGUGUGCCUGAUCUUCCCGGUGUACGAUAUCAUCUUGUUCGUGGUGCUCAUGAUUUGCAGGGUGUUGCUUCCCGCACAACCAGCCGUUCAAAAUACGGAACCAAGAAACCAUCCAAGAACAACUAG